AAAAAGGCUUCUCAACAGUUUUUACCCCCCCAAGCCAUAAGACUCCUGAACAGGCCAUACCAGUCAACACUACCUCAUAAGACUGCCUGCUGCACUUGUUCGAGAGAUGUCCAGUUUGCAGCCGGACAUGGGGGGCCCUCAUCAGCAUAAUUCAGACAUGCCCCUCGCUUAUCUUUGAAGAGGUGUCAGGAGCUAAUCUACGCUGCCAUGUCUAUCAAUGGGGCUCUGGCAAUGACCUUACCUCUGGCCUGCCCACCAAUGGUCAUCGAUGGGGAGAACAGAAUUAGAAACAUGUAUGGAGCCAGCACAUGGAGACUUGCAAAAUGAUGUGAUGAAGUCCAGACCGACAGACGCACUUGAUACUGAUGUCUCUGAAUGUAGAGACCUGGAACUCAUCAUAAAAUGUUUACUAGACACAACUUCUACUUGUAUUGUCUUUUCUAUUAUUGAAUGGAAUGGUAACCAGGAUCAGGGAACUCCUGUUGUAUACAGGACACCAAACAGGGAGGUAUGACCACUGACAUGUUUACCAAGGUGGCCCCAUUACCACAAGAGAAAAUGCCGAUAGGCACAGUGUGUAUCGUCUGGGAACGACAAUGAAAGGUGCACAUUGUUAUAUUAGCAGAACACUGAUUCUAUGGUAUUGUGUAAAGGGUUGUUUAUUAGUACAUUUGAAAGAUAUCAAAACACUUUGUUUAUAACAUCUACAUAAAUUCAAAAAUUGCAUUCUCAUAUUAUUCUGUAGGCUGACCUAUUCAAAGCUUCCUCAAGCAUCUCACCAUACAGUUGUAGUUGAGCCUGUAGUUGAGUUCAACCUGCAGGAUGUUUGUUUGUGAUUAGUGGGGAGAAACAGCUGCUGGCAAGGUUCUGACAGAUGGGUGUGUCUUGGUGGUGGCAAGGAGGAACACUCACAUCAAACCACACCCCCAAGCCAACUCGCGUUCGGCUUCUGUCAUGGCUGCCAGCAUUUCAUAAGGAGCAAGCCAAAAAACGAGGCCAAAUCAGCAGGUGUAAUUCCCUUUUAAGGUUGUAACACAUUGGACAGGAGAAACAGUUAAAUGGUAAAAUAGCGCUUUGGAGUUUGUGACAACAGAUAUAACAUUUGUUUAUUGUUUUCAAUAUCUAACAUGACUUUUCAUUUUCAGUGCACUUUAACACGUGAAUAUCCAGAGUAUGUUAAAAUGAUUGAAGUUGGACCAAGAGACGGACUUCAAAAUGAAAAGGAAAUGGUUCCGACAAGAGUCAAAAUCCAGCUGAUAAACAUGCUCUCGGAAACAGGCCUGCCUGUGAUCGAGGCCACCAGCUUUGUGUCUUUAAAGUGGGUACCACAGAUGGCGGACCACACUGAAGUGCUUCAAGCCAUCCACAGAUCUUCUCAUGCUCGUUAUCCUGUACUGACACCCAACAUGCACGGCUUUCAGGAUGCUGUUGCAGCGGGUGCUACUGAAGUGGCCGUGUUUGGGUCUGCCUCUGAGACCUUCAGUCAGAAAAAUAUCUAUUGCUCUAUUGAUGCCAGCAUGCUGAGGUUCGAGGAAGUCAUUUGCACUGCUAAACAACAACAGAUUCCAGUCCGUGGAUAUGUUUCUUGUGCACUAGGAUGUCCAUAUGAGGGACCCAUUGAACCCACUAAAGUUGCAGAGGUGGUAAAGCGGUUGUAUGAACUGGGCUGCUAUGAGGUGUCUCUGGGGGAUACUAUCGGCGUGGGCACCCCAGGCUCCAUGGCCAAGAUGCUGCACUACGUCAUGGAAGAGGUACCCAGCAGCGCUCUGGCCGUUCACUGCCACGACACCUACGGCCAGGCUCUGGCCAACAUCCUAACUGCACUGCAGAUGGGGAUUUGUGCGGUGGACUCAUCUGUAGCAGGUCUGGGCGGGUGCCCAUAUGCCCAGGGAUCCUCUGGUAACGUGUCAACAGAAGAUGUUCUCUAUAUGCUCCAUGGCAUGGGCAUUAAAACUGGAGUCGAUCUCUCCAAGGUAAUAGAGGCAGGUGAUUUCAUCUGCAAAGCCUUAAAUCGCAAGACCAACUCCAAGGUAGCCCAAGCAAGAAGCAAGUCCUCGUGAUUAAUCUAUGCAUUGAUACAAGAAGAAGAUAAAGACCUUUCCCUUUAGCACAGUGUUUUGUCGUGUUGAUGCUGCAUAUAGAUAGCCCAUGAUUCUAUACAAAGUGCAAUAUACAUACUUUUUUUAAACCACAAUUGAUGGCCAUUUAGCAGAGGCACUUUAUUAAAACGUUGUUGGACAAGGCCUACUUAAAUUCAAGAAAUAACAGAACUUUUUUAACCAAAAAACCUCUUCCAGUUAUCACGUAUAGUCUGUCUGGUAGGAGGUGAAAGAUAGAGAUGACUCCUCACUAAAUUGUGAAAGUUAUUCAUGGUGUUUCUGUGGGGGUCUCUUCCCAUUCAAUUCCAGCUCAGCAGGAGAGUCCUGCUGGGUUUUAAACCAGUGAGUGUCGAUCAUUGUCUCCCUCAAAAUGUAUUUUUCUCCCUCAAAAUGUAUUUUCAAGUCCUUUGCUCUAUUAACAUGGAAGUCUGUCUGUCUCCACAUGUAAAAUAUUGAUUUGUUUUUUCUCUCUUCAAAGCAAAUGUUAUUUGUCAGGUGCCAAAUACAAACGAUAUAGACUUUACAGUGAAAUGCUUGCUUACGAGCCCUUCACAACGAUGCAGAGUAAAACAAAUAAUAGCAACACAAUUCAUCCUCACCAGUGCAUGACCCCAUUCAAAACCAUAUAGAUGGUUGCGACUAUUCAUUUUAUUCUGUAGAGUUAAAAGCACAGUAGGGGGCAGCUUUAUGUUGACCUAUUGUAUGUGCAAUAGUCAGAGGGGCCAAAUGUAUUUUACCUGGAGAAGCCUCUUAACCGUUUAGUUUAGUUGAAGUAGGCGUUCUGAACAUACAUCUCUAAGAACACCGAACAAUAUCAUGAACUUUGUUGUCUAACCUCCCUUCCACUAGACUGUACUCCUUUUUAAACGCCUUACCAAAGGUCAAUAUACACAAGUAAAUGAUUGUAUUAAUUUGCAUUUCAAUAGUAAUGAAUGCAGUUCAAUGUGAAGCGUUAUGUGACGACGUUCCAUAAGAAAUACAUUCAAUGUCUGUAGUGACGUUAUUCUAUGGGUUCAUCUUGCAAUAGGAAGCGACAUUUAUAUCAUACAUUAAAUAAAUAGUUAUUUAAAGAAG